AUGUCCGACUCCCCCCAAUCCAAUCCAAAGGAUGUCGAACAAGGUGGACAGUCACCCGAAGAGGACGCACAAAUGAACGAUCCUCAGGACCCACACGCGAGCGGGCUCACCUAUGAGUUCGAGGUUAAGGAGCAGGACCGAUGGCUCCCUAUAGCCAAUGUGGCCCGCAUCAUGAAGAAUGCUCUCCCCGAGAACGCCAAGAUUGCAAAGGAGGCCAAGGAGUGCAUGCAAGAAUGUGUCAGCGAGUUUAUCUCGUUCAUCACGAGUGAGGGUGAGUGCCGCCCAUCUUCCAGAGACAUUGGUGAGACCUCAGGGGCCAAGUUGGAACUGACAGACCGUUACUUCUCAGCCUCCGAGAAGUGCCACCAGGAGAAACGAAAAACAGUGAACGGCGAGGAUAUUCUCUUUGCCAUGACGUCUCUGGGUUUUGAGAAUUAUGCGGAGGCUCUCAAGAUCUACUUGUCCAAGUACAGAGAGUCGCAAUCAAACCGCGGCGAGAACCAGCCGAACCGACCGAAUAGCCAGGGCUACGGGGCCGGAGGGUCUGCAGGGGGAGCAAACCCGGGUGCCUCGGCGUUCCCUGGUGGCGAUCUGACCGGCCAGCAACCAGGCGCCAGCGACGACUACAUGUAUGCAACUCAGGGCGCUCACAACGGGGCCGGGGCUGGUGAGGGCUACUAG